AUGUCAGCGACACCGCAAGUGAGCAGUUCGUUCUUCAAUAAAUUCGACCCGUCAAAACCGUGUCAAAAGUGUGCAACUGCAAAUGAAUUCAUUGCGAGACAAAUCGAUAAAUAUAGCCGAAGUGUCUUUCCGACCGUUUUUCUCAUCUUCUCGGUAUCGUAUUGGCUUUAUUAUGUUUGGUUUACACGUGAAGAGGACUGA